CUCUCUCUCUCCUCUCUUUCUCUCUCUAACAUCUAGUUAGCUCCAGAUUCUUCUGUUUCACCUCCGGCCACCAAUUUCCAGAGCCAAAGGGCAAGGAGUUAAAUAGGGGAUUGGAUGGCAAUUGUACCGUGUGGAAGUACAUGGGUGACUCGGUGGGGGGCUCAGCCUCAACUCGCAUUGAGACCCUCUGUUACCAAUAAAGUAUCGACAUCCCCGAAUUGUACAUCGAACAGGAUCAGACCACUGGCAUCACAAAGUUCCACCAUUUUCUCCAAAGAAUCCUUGAGUGCACUUUUCAGUUCACGGUCGUACAGCAAUCCAAGACAGAGAAGAGGAGCUCGGCUUGUUGUUAGAGCUGACAGAGAUUACUACUCUGUGCUUGGUGUAUCUAAAACUUCGAGCAAAGCAGAGAUCAAAAGUGCAUAUCGGAAGCUUGCAAGGAGUUACCACCCAGAUGUGAACAAAGAAGCUGGGGCAGAGGAUAAAUUCAAGGAGAUUAGCAAUGCUUACGAGGUUUUAUCAGAUGACGAGAAACGUUCGAUUUACGACAAGUAUGGUGAGGCAGGUCUUAAAGGCGCUGGCAUGGGCACAGGGGAUUUCAGCAACCCUUUCGAUCUAUUCGAGUCAUUAUUUGAAGGAAUGGGUGGAAUGGGUGGCAUGGGGGGCAUGGGGGGCAGAAGCUCUCGAAGCAGAGCUCAAGAAGGCGAAGACCAAGUCUAUAACCUAGUCCUAAACUUUAAAGAAGCAGUUUUCGGUGUCGAAAAAGAAAUCGAAAUCGCCCGUCUCGAGAGCUGUAAUACUUGCAAUGGAUCAGGGGCAAAACCGGGAACAAAGGCGUCAAAAUGCACUACAUGCGGCGGCCAAGGGCAAGUCGUCUCGUCAGCGCGGACCCCACUAGGCGUCUUCCAGCAGGUGAUGACGUGUUCAGCCUGUGGUGGGUCCGGAGAGAUAUCCACUCCCUGCACGACAUGUAGCGGCAGCGGGCGUGUCAGAAAGUCGAAACGGAUAAGCUUGAAAGUCCCGGCAGGUGUUGACGCGGGGAGCCGUUUGAGAGUUCGUUCUGAAGGGAAUGCGGGUACUAGGGGGGGGCCACCUGGGGACCUUUUUGUAAUUAUAGAUGUUUUGGGGGACCCCGUUUUGAAAAGGGACGACACGAAUAUACUCUACACUUGUAAGGUUUCGUACAUUGAUGCGAUACUGGGUACUACGGUGAAGGUGCCCACGGUGGAUGGAACUGUUGACUUGAAGAUUCCUUCGGGUACACAACCGGGGACCACUUUGGUGAUGGCGAAAAAGGGGGUCCCGCUUUUAAAUAAGAAUAAUAUGAGGGGCGAUCAGCUGGUUAAAGUGCAGGUCGAGAUCCCGAAACGGUUGAGUGGUGAAGAGAAGAAGCUUAUCGAGGAACUCGCUGACCUAAACAAGGCUAAGGCUCCCAACAGUAAGAGAUGAUGAUAGCUGUGGGGAUUAUUUGCAGGCCUCGAAACUUUUUGAGGAUUAAUUUUGGUGAUUUGUUGGAACAUUUAUACAUAUAAUUGAGAAAUAAUAUUAUAGGGAGAUACCUUUUGUAUGGGAAGUGAAUUAUCUAGAUGUAUCUUUAAUUUUUUUUCCCUAUUUUUGACCGUUGUUUAUCGUAGUAAGUAUCGUGUAAGAACAAGUGUCGAAACUGCCAGCUGUUGCUGAUUGAUUCAUUGUCAUCGUCGGGGUGACGUCGCACUUUCGUUUUA